AGUAAUCCAGAGAUUACUACCUUUGAGGGCUUGUUUUUUAAUCUGCUCCCUAAAUUCUGCUUGCAGGAUCUCUCUUUCUGCCUAGGUCAUUAGUCCCAAUAUGUACCACAAUCUCUGUCUGUUUGCCCUCUCCCUUUUGAAUGCCCUGCAGCCGUUCAGUGACAUCUUUGACCCUGGCACCAAGGAGGCUGCAGAAACGCCUGUCUGUUCCCCUGACUAUUGAGUCUCCUACCACUAUUGCUCUUCAUUUCUUUUUCCUUCCCCUCGUGCAGUUGAGCCACUCAAAUUGCCAUGAGCGUGGCUGCAUUCCCCAGAGGAAUACCCGGGUGAGUGGGUCACAAAUAAGACAACAACAACUUUCUAAAUCUUUUCACUGCAAUAUUCCUUCCUUUUAUUUAAGAGCUGAAUGUGGUGAAUCUGAAAAUGAGCACCAUGGGAUUUGUGUUACUGACUGACUUGUUUUCCAUUGUUUGUCCGUCAGGUUUGCAAUUCAGUUUGCGUUGGAAAUUGAAGCGAAUUGGAUUUCAAAAUGAGAUCAUAAAGCAGGUAAAUAUUAAAUCCAGGAACAAAACCUGAGGAAAAAAUGGAUCACAAUGUCUGGAAGGAUGUGCAGCAAGAAGUGGAAGCUGUGAAUGAUGUUAUCGAUGAUUGAGCAGGUUGAUUUCCUUUCCACCAUUACAUUCAGAGCAAACUGAGUCACCAGUGGAAACCACUGCUUGCCUUGCUCUAAUAAGAGAUUUGGAUGUACAAUUACUGCAUGUCCGGCCAUCUCAACCAGUAAAGCAAAAUUUUUCUGCUUUAAUGUGUGAAGCCCAACUCUCCAUUUCUGUGGCAGUAACAUCACUCUGAAACUGAGCUUUUCUCCUGCACGCUUUUGUUAAUAUCAAUAUUUCUGCUUUAUGAGUGAAAACUCUCCUCUGCUUCACUGGAAGCACAAGACACAUGUUUGUAGCUGAGGCCGAAUGUAUAAUGAAUGAUGAAACUUUAAAACAAGAAGUUCCAGUCAAACCCUUAUAUCAACAAAACUGCUCUGAGUCACAGAAUUAGAAUGGCCACUUCCUGGGGGACCAACAGCAGUUGGUGAACAUUAAACCUGAUCCAGAGAGGAAUGAUCUGAUACAUCAGAUUGGGGACAGGAUUCGGGAGCUCCCCUUGAACAUUACAUCAAAAUGAGCGAGGAGGAAGGAUUGGAUACAAUGGGGGGUUAGGAGUUCCAGAUGGGAAAGUCAUAACAAACAUCAUGUCAAGAUCUGACAGUCACUCGAUUUACCAGGACCUGAAUAUCAUUGGCCUUUGAAUGUGGAAGGUGAAAUGUUUGCUCUGAGGGAGAAGAUUUCAAACAUCAGUGUGACUGGAAAAGCACCAAGGCACACACACCUGAGUGAGAGUGUUCCAGUAUACUGGCUGUGGAAAGAGCUUUAACAAGUUACACAGCCUGAAAAACAUAUUGAACCAUUCACUUUGGGGAGACACUGUACUGGUGGAUGAGGCUUCCACUGAUCAUUCAAUCCGGAGAGAUACAUGGACACUACACCAUGGAGAAACCAUUGACAUGUGGGGAGUGUGGGAAAGGAUUCACUUUCCCAUCCCAGCUGGAAACUCAUCAACGCACCCACACUGGGGUGAGGCCAUUCACCUGCUCUGUGUGUUGGAAGGGAUUCACUCGCUCAUCCAACCUAGCAUUACACCAGCGGGUUCACACUGGGGAAAGGCCUUUUACCUGCUCUGUGUGUGAGAAGGGAUUCAUUAAUUCAUCCAACCUAGUGUCACACCAGCGAGUUCAUACUGAGGAGAAACCAUUCAGCUGCACUUCCUGUGGAAUGAGCUUCAGACUUUCAUCCACCCUGCAGCAACACCAGCGAGUUCACACUGAGGAGAAACCAUUCAGCUGCACUGACUGUGAAAAGAGCUUCAGGCAUUCUAGCAGCUUCAUUGUACACCAGCGAGUUCACACUGGGGAGAGGCCGUUCACCUGCUCCAUGUGUGGGAAAGGAUUCACUCAGUCAUCCAAUCUAGCAUUACACAAGCGACUUCACACUGGGGAAAGACCGUUCACCUGCUCCAUUUGUGGGAAGGGAUUCACUGAUUCAUGCCAAUUGCUGAGACACGAACGAGUUCACACUGGAGAGAGACCAUUUACCUGCUCUAAGUGUGGGAAGGGAUUUCCUGAUUCAUCCCAAUUGCUGAGACACCAGCGAAUUCACAAGUCACUGCAGGAGUCGGGUUCUGCUGUUAUGGACGCUGUUAAUUCCAACCAGAACAUCACACCAUUCACAGCGGGGAGAAGUGUACACGUGUUCUGUGUGAGCACAAGGUUUCAACUGAUUAUCCAACUUGGUGAGACACAGGGCUCCGGCUUUAUGGAGAAACCGUGGAAAUGUGAGGAUUGUGGGAAAGGAUUCAGUUAUCCAUCCCAUCUUGAAAUCCAUCGACGCAGUCACAAUGGGGCCGGCACCAUGGAGAAACCAUGGAAAUGUGAGAACUGUGGUAAAGGAUUCUUUUACCCAUCCCUGCUGAAAAACCAUCAACGCAUUCACACUGGGGAGAAGCCGUACACCUGCUCUAUGUGCGGGAAGGGAUUUACUCAAUUAGCCGGCCUCACAUUACACCAACGAGUUCACACGAGGGAAAGGCCAUUCACCUGCUCCGUGUGUGGGAAGGGAUUCACAAAUUCAUCCCAUCUGCUGACACAUCAGCUUAUUCACACUGAGGAGAAGCCAUUCAGCUGUACUUACUGUGGAAAGAGGUUCAGAUCUUCAGCCAACCUUACUGCACACCAGCGAGUUCACACUGGGGAGAAGCCGUACACCUGCACUGUGUGUGGGGAGGAAUUUGCUCGGUUAUCCAGCCUCCAGUAUCACCAGGGAGUUCACACUCGGGAGAGGCCAUUCAGCUGCACUUCCUGUGGAAAGAAUUUCAGGUCUUCAUCCAACCUCAUUGAACAUCAGCGAGGUCACACCGGGGAGAGGCCGUUCAUCUGCUCUGUGUGUGGGAAGGGAUUCACCAAGUCCUCCAACUUGGUGAUACACCAGCGAAUUCACACUGGGGAGAGACCGUUCACUUGCUCCGUGUGUGGGAAGGGAUUCGCUGAGGCAGCUAAAGAGCGGAGACACCAGCGAGUUCAUAAAUGACUCCAGGGGUUGGAUUCUGCUCUUAUUGCUGCUGUUAAUCACAUCCAGCAUUGAUCGUCUGACAAUAUUAGGUUUGUUUCUGCUGAUAUCUGACUGGAGUUUAAUAUUUUGAAGUUGUCGUUGAAUAUCAGGGCUGCAAUGUCCUUUUUUAAGGGACCAUCUGAGAUCUUUACUCUUAGUCCAAGAACUCUCGACAGGAACUCACUUACAAUAACCUUAUGAACUUUUACUUCAAUCCUAAAUUGAUCUUUGGUGAAAACUCUACAACCCAGUGUCUGAAAGGCUCCACUGAUUAACAUCUCCAAUUAGAAAGUGCUGAAUAAUCCUUGCUGAUGAUUAUCAAUAACUUACACGUUCUUCACAGUGGCACCUCCAUUAUGAGAGUAAAUUAUCAAAGAACAAAUCUGGCAUCAGUGUACGUUCUAAUGAAUGUGUACAUGAUGUACAUGAAACUAGUAAAUCUCUUGGAGAUGCUUGUAUUUUUGCCUCUGAGCUUUUUCAGAAAACUGCCUCUGGCCAUUAUCUGAGGCAUCACAACUUGCAGAGGGAGAUAAGCAAAGAUCUUGAGAGAGACCCACUGCACCCCCACACCCCUGAUCUUUGGUAAGUUUACCUAAAAGUCUAGAAUGGCUUGUAGCAGUAUGAGAUAAUGGUGUGAGUGUGCAGAUGUGAUUUGUUAUGUAUUGGAGUAACUAAAACGGGGAAGUGCAAGUUGAGCCUGCACUGAAGAACAGGUCCCAGACAUGCUUAAUACUCAACAACAGAAUCUCGUUGAAGUGGUUAAUGUGGUCAGGAGAAUGAGACAACAUUUAAAUCAUCAAGAUAUUGACACAAACUCCAUAGGGAAACUGAUUUUAAAACAAUCCAGAUAGAAUUAAUCACACUGUUAUCUAUCAGAGGGAGUAAAAUUAAAGUGAAGGGGCAUAUAGAAUCUGGAUUUAGAAAAUAUUCACAAGGUGGAUGCUGGUGAACAAAGAGCUGGAGAAUCGUUAAACUCCGUGCAUGAACUUUCGUUUGAACCAUAUGUAUUUACGACAUGUCAAUAAUUUAGAAUUGUGUGAGAUGAUCUGCAGGUGGGGAGGAUGAAUCGAAGUCAAUAAUUAUCACAUUUUACUCGGAAAGUUUUUACAUUUAUUCUUGGUGGCAGCUCAAGGGUUUUGUGUUGCUAAUUCUGCUAAUUCUAGUGGCUUUAGUAUGUUAUCAAUGGUUUGUAAUCAAAAAAUUAGGAAAACAAACUCGUAGCUUAGAAAUAGCUGGGCUAGACAGAAAUCAGUUGUGAAAACUCAGAUAGAGUGGGGGUUCUCAUGAACCAUGUUUUUUUUUAUUCGUUCACGGGAUGUGGGCAUCUCUGGCUAGGCCAGCAUUUAUUGCCCAUCCCUAAUUGCCCUUGAGAAGGUGGGAGUAAGCUGCUUUCUUGAACCGCUGCAGUCCAUGUGUAAACCAACUGUCUGAGUAAAGGUUAAACAGGAUGUUUUAGGAAAUGAUGAGCCAUGAAAUGACUUCAUGGAUUUCUGAUGGAAACAGGAGCGAUUAACUUGAAUAUCUGUCCCUUGCUAAUGGACAAUUGAAUAAGUGAUUGACAAAAGAUCCCCAGGAAUAAGGUACAAGAACGAGCUUCUGAGAAGGAAAUCACUUCAGACAAGAAACAGCUUCUCAAAGUGAUCCAUGCUGGAUUUGGCCAAACACUUUGAGUCAAAGAGACUGAGAAAAGAUGAGACUGCCACCUCCAGCCGCGGAGAUCAGCGUCCUCCUGAUCCGGGACCAGUAAACCAUUCCGAGGAGACUGCCACCUCCAGCCACGGAGAUCAGCACCCCCCUGCUUUUUCACCAUCCACUUGUCCAACCCGGGAUCAGUAAACCAUUCUCACCUGUUAUGGGUCGUUUGUCUUUUCUUUCUUUUUAACUGUUGUAUCAUGUCUAAACUGUUGCUUCUUAA